UCUAAAGAAAUGUCCAAUAAUAAGUUGUGAUAAUAAUAAUAACAAAAAAAAAAAGGUUCACAUCUAGUUCUAAUAUGCCUGUUUUAUACUAGUCUAAUUUAGAUCUAUCAAAAUCUAUUCAUUUUAUAGUCCUAUGCUUUAUUUAGAGUCUACCGAGACGUGAUAUCAUCAUUUAUAUUCUAGAUAUAAAUUGCUUUUGAUUGACAUGAAAGAAUAAUAUUAAUAUCAUCUCGAUCUGCUGAGCCUCAAUUUAAAAACAAUGGAAAGCAAGUGCGUGCGAAAGAAAAGGCAUUACGAUGCCCUGGAUGACAUUAUGCACAACAUAGCUGGGCAUGCUUUCAGUGAUGAUGAUUUUAAGAAAAGUAAAUAUGAACUGGAGGUUGUUGAUGCGGAAUUUCCCAAAGGAGUCAUUUCAAUGGAAGAGACAUUAAACAAUGAGUUACCUUUUCUAAGCCAACCUCGUAAUUGUCAGUGGAGAGCAAUUAAUGCUGAAAAUUUGAAUCUGGAGUAUUCCAACUUUUAUAAUGAAAAAGAGGCAGACAUGUUGAUGUCCCAAUGUGAGAAAGAGAUCAUCUACAAUGUCGGAGAGUUAGCUAAAGUUCAGAUGUUUGGCAAGUGGAUAGAUAUCCCCAGAAAACAAGUGGCCUAUGGAGACGAAGGUCUGACUUACACGUUCUCUGGUAAGACAUUACCCGCACGCCCUUGGACUUCAUUGCUUCUCAAAAUCAGAGAUCAGAUCUAUGAAGCAACUGGAUACACAUUUAAUUUUGUGCUUAUUAAUAGAUACAAAGAUGGCAAUGACUACAUUGGAGAACAUAAAGAUGACGAGAAAGAGCUCUACCCUGGCUACCCCAUUGCUUCUUUAACGUUGGGUCAGCUGAGAGACUUUGUCUUCAAGCAUCAAGACAGCAGGAGAAUUAAAGCCCUCCGGAACGUCGGAACCAUCACACUGCAGUUGGAGCAUGGCAGCCUGCUGCUCAUGAAGCACCCAACAAAUUCCUACUGGUACCAUUCUCUCCCUCGACGCAAGAAAGCCAUUGGAGUCCGCCUGAAUCUGACAUUUAGAAGGAUGGAACCUUCAAAAUGUAAAGCUGCUUAAAUAGAUUCUUUUUUUUUUUUUCAUUUUCCUUUUUAUGUAAGUCAUAUAUACAUUGUGUCAGAAGCUCACUACUAAACGUGAUAAUAGCUAAUAGAAAAGGAAAAUUCCAUAGCUAAUGGGGUGAAAAAUAAUCAUCAGACAUUUUAAAAAUAUUUUUGGCCUGUAUGUAGGCCUUAGUGUGAGGGUACUGAACAGUACUUCUCAUUAUGAAGCUAAAGUAGACUGAUGUUAAUAAGACAUUACUGUU